AUGGAGACCACUGUUCUAGUUUUUGCUGGUACAAAAGGAAAAGAUUGUGGAUUCACAUUUCCUUUAGUUGUGGACAACACUAGUUCAUAUACUAAUUUUAGGGCUGCCAUUUGUGCCAAGUAUCCAUGGGGAUUGUUUGAUGCUAUGGAGAUCAGAUAUUGGGAUAGUUCCAAACUUUGUUGGGUCCCUGUGCAGUGUGAUGAAGAGGUAGGUCUGAUGUUUGCAAGUAAUGCAACAACUAUGUCAUGCAAUUUGGAAAUCACAGUUAUACAAAGAACUAGAGGUCAGAGAUGUGUGAACACAUCUAGUUCCAGGCCAUCUGCAUCCCAAACUAGGGCUAGCAGUAGAAUACCAAGUCCUCCUAGAACACCAAGUACUUUUGCAACUGAAAGUGUCAAUGAAAGCCAAGAACACCAAAAGAAGCCACUUGAUCUUGCUGUGGAGGAGGCCUUGCCGGAUGCACCUGGUGUGGAGGAUGAGGUUCUAUAUCCUAGAUAUGUCCAACACAAUAAUGAUGAAGGAGAUGUAGCAGAUAAAGAGUACAUUCCUGCAGAAUUUUCAGAUGCAGAUGAUGAGGAGAAGCAAGAGGAUGUUGAGAUGGGAGUUUUUGAAGAUGCAGAAGAGGACAUACCUAUACAGAUGUAUGACAGGGAAAAUCCAUGUAUUAAUGAAGGUGUGGUCUUCCCUAGUGUAGUUGACUGCAGAAAUGCAGUUUCAAGCUUCUCAAUCAAGUCUGAAACUGAGUUCCUUACUCUGAAAAGUGACCCAACAAGGUUUACUUUCAAAUGUGCUUAUGAGAGAUGCAAGUGGAGACUGCAUGCCUCUUUAAUGAGGAAGAGCACACUGUUUCAGAUUAAAGUCAACCCAUAUCAGCAUACAUGUCCCAGUGUGAAUAGAUCUCAUAAAUUGAGAGCUGCAAAAAGAAGAUGGAUAGUAGAUGCUUCUAUGGCAUGGAUCAGAGCAAAUCCAGGAAUUGGUCCUAAGGAAAUUCAGAGUAGGUUGUUAGAGAAAUAUGGUGUGGAGGUGCCAUAUGACAGAUGCUACCAUGGUAAAGAGAUUGCACUUGACAAACUGUAUGGAAAGUAUAGUGAUAGCUUUCAGCUGCUAUAUACUUUCAAAGCUGAAGUAGAGAGGGCAUCACCAGGCAGUAUUGUGGAAAUUGACAAGCACACAGUUGAGUACAAGAUAAAUAACAAGAAGUUCUACAAGGAGUGCUUUAGAAGGGUGUUUGUGUGCUUCAAAGCAUGUCAAAAGGGUUUUCUGGAGGGGUGCAUGCCAUACCUAGCUGUAGAUGCUACUGCACUGACUGGUAGGUUCAGAGGGCAACCUGUGGCAGCAUGUGCCCUAGAUGGACACAACUGGUUGUUUCCUGUUGCAUAUGGUGUUCUGGAAGUGGAGUCAAUUGAGAGUUGGACUUGGUUUUUUAGAAACCUAAAGAAUUGA